GCAGACCAACACACAACACAACACAACACCAGUGAACGGGGGAAAUUGUUUUUACCGACAAUUUCAGUUUACCGUUUAUUUUGAAAGUUGAUCAUGUCGGUGAAUUAUGCCGCCGGUCUCUCCCCCUAUGCGGACAAAGGCGUCUGUGGUCUCCCUGAGACAUUUGACAGCCCAGAGGAUUUGAAGACUAAAGCCGAGACUCUGGCCCAGUGGAUCAGGGAGUCUCAGUAUAUGGUUGUGCAUUCGGGAGCUGGAAUCAGCACUUCAGCAGGGAUCCCGGACUUCAGAGGUCCUAACGGAGUGUGGACAAUGGAGGAGAGAGGAGAAACGCCUCACUUCAACACCACGUUUGAGGAUGCACGUCCAAGUCUGACUCACCUGGCCCUGCUGCAGCUCCAGAGAGCAGGACAUCUCAAAUAUCUCAUCAGUCAGAAUGUGGAUGGCCUUCAUGUGCGCUCCGGCUUCCCCAGGGAUCGACUGUCAGAACUUCAUGGGAACAUGUUUGUUGAAGAAUGUGAGAAAUGCGGCAAGCAAUACGUCCGGGACACGGUAAUUGGAGUGAUGGGACUGAAGCCAACCGGACGCUUCUGCGAGGUCACACGUUCCAGAGGACUCCGAACCUGCAGAGGUAAGCUGAUCAGCACAAUAUUGGACUGGGAGGAUUCGUUGCCAGACCGAGACCUGAACAGAGCAGAUGAAGCGUCCAGACGGGCAGACCUGGCCUUGACGUUGGGUACUUCUCUGCAAAUUAAACCCAGUGGAGAUCUGCCUCUGCUAACCAAACGCACAGGAGGAAAGUUGGUUAUAGUCAACCUUCAGACCACCAAACAUGACAAGCAUGCCCACCUCCGUAUCAAUGGUUAUGUAGAUGAGGUCAUGGGACAGGUGAUGAAGCUGCUGGGAUUGGAGAUUCCAGAGUGGACGGGGCCGACUCUGUGCGAAACCUCUGGUGGUGACCUGGACGUCCUUCCUCUCGGAGCCUGGAAAAAGGAGGUGAAGAUUGAAGUGAAGAUAGAGGAAAACAAACACGCUGUAACGAAGAAAAGAAAGAAGAAAGAGGGGGGCAGUGAGACAAAAGUCAAGAAAAACAUCAAGAUGGAAAAAAAGAUGGACAAGGAACCAACAUUAGAAUGCAAAAUUAAAGAUGGUUCCUUGAGUGACUCUCAACCAAUCAAAACACAGAACUCACCUUGUAAGGUGCAUCCUUUAAAUGACUCCUCCCACAUUUCUUCAUGUUCUUCUGCAGCGAAUAGCACCGUUGAUAAUAAGAACGCAGAUGGAUUCCUAUAACAAUCCCACAAAACUCAAGCUCAUAUAAAAUCCACCAUACACCACAGUCUUAUGUAAAAUGUACACCAGUGGUGUUCAGGCUUGCUCCCAGAGGGCUAAUGUCCUAAAUAAUUAAAUUUAAGCAAAACAAAACAUGCCUGUACUGGCUAAUCAAGGUUCUGUUUAGUUCCUGAUUUAUCUACGUCUAAGGACUGAAGGUAUGUAAGAUGCUACAUGCCCGUAGGGAUAUAGACUUCUAUGGAUUAAGGAAGUGAUGUCACAGGACAACGAUUGUGUUUUAUUACUGCUAGCUAGUGGACAAUGUUGAUGAGUAGUGAUUUACAUGUGCUUGGAUGAUCUUAUGCAACAUGUGCAGUUUUGCAGGAUGGACCCGUUGGUGAAAUCCAAUUUGUUAAAAGUUUAAAGCUGUCAAGAAUAUACCCAAGUCAUAUUUUACCCUGUAUUAAAAACAAAUAUUUGUUUCCAUUGACAUUUUGCAGUGAAAUUUUAUUUAUGUCUAGCUUACGAAUAUUAAGAAGCAAGUAUACGUAGUAUAGGAUAUUAUUAGGAGAGUUUUAGAGGAAAUACAAAAUGCGAAGCUAUGAUCGCAAAAUCUUUUUGGGGGGGGGUUAUAAUAUGAAGAUAUGUUCUUGGCAAAGAAAAGGAAACGAUUACAAACACUGAGAAUAAAGUGAUGCGGUUGUUAGAUAUUUAAACGCAUUUCUGUGUUUGGAGAGAUUGUGAGCGCUGCUUAAACUGUUUGUCUUUAUCGUGUAAAACUGUUGCUUAAAAAUGUCCUCUUUGUUGACCUUUUUUUUAUAUUUUCAGCUAUAACAUCACUUUCAUGUUUUUCUACCUUUUUUAUGAAGAACUUGUUGUAUAUAAACAAGGCGAUGAAAUUGUU